UCCCAUUCCCAGCAAUGUUUAUGAUUUCAUCUAUGAUUUGAACUUCUAAGAGAAGUUGUGUUUGCUUCAGGAGAAUUCUUGAAUUCGUGUCAUUCCUUAAGGAGAAUAACGUGGAUCUUACAAACGUGAAGGCAUCUCAAAAAGCCUCCCAAAUUCCCCCUAUGGCUGUAAUAAUGUGGCGGGCUAUUACGGGAUUGAUUAUAUUAUGUGCUUCACUGAUCCAUGCAGCAGUCCCAGUCCCAAAUGGGACUGUUGCUGCUGACUUGCUCAGUCCCGAUUAUUAUAAAGACACAUGCCCCCAACUGUACCAUACCCUAUCCGGUGUGAUCCUCACCGCCGUUAAGACUGAUAUACGCAUCGCUGCAAGUCUCUUGAAGCUUCACUUCCUUGAUUGCUUCGUUCAGGGAUGCGAUGGAUCAAUAUUGCUGGUCGAAACUGCCAAGAUACGAAGUGAGCAAAGAGCAUCUCACAACAUGCACACAGUGAGGGGGUUGAAUGUGGUGUAUGAUAUUAAGCGUGCGGUGGAAGCAGUAUGUCCGGCUACAGUAUCAUGUGCUGAUAUUCUUGCGUUAUCUGCGCAAGUCGCUUCUGUUGUGGGAGGAGGUCCCACGUGGCAGGUUCCACUGGGAAGAAGAGACAGUUUGACGGCAAAUAAGUUUCUCGCCAAUCAAAAUAUUCCAGGAGUAGCCUUCACAGUGGAUUAUCUCAAGAAUUCUUUUGCGGCCCAAGGUCUCACCACCACGGAUCUAGUUGCCCUCUCAGGUGCCCAUACGAUUGGAAGAGCUCACUGCAGAACUUUCAUGGACCGUUUGUACGAUUUCUCUGGGAACCCUGACCCCAGUAUGGACAGCACAUACUCAGAUUCAUUGCGUGCUUUAUGUCCUCGAGAUGGAUCUGGGGCCAAUUACGAGACCUAUUUGGACUUCUCUUCCCCAGAUAUUUUUGAUAACGGUUAUUACAUGGGCCUCCAAGUAAACCAGGGUUUACUACAUACGGAUCAAGAGUUGUAUUCAUCCACUAAUGCAGACACUGCCAUGCUUGUCUCCAACUUCAGUAGCGAUCAAAAACUAUUCUUUGAUCAAUUUGUUGAAUCAAUGAUCAAGAUGAGUAGGAUCGGUGUGCUAACGGGAAGUGAUGGGGAGAUCAGGCAUCAGUGUGAUUUUGUCAAUGUUGGCAUUCGCUUCCCCUUCUCCUACUUUUGGUUGUUUUGGACUGUAUUAGUUACUUAUAUAUGUAUUACUUUAUGUUAGUAUUAUUUUAGACCUUAUUAUUUACUCGUAUA